AUGCCAGGCCCACUCGCUGCACCCACGCCCGAGCGGCUGCCGGAGCCGCGCCGCUUGGGGCAAGGCCUUUAUCUCGCUCCACUGGAGGAGCUUCCAGGAUGCGCCUUCUUCCCUCGGCAUCACUAUGCCACAGUCGCCCUCUCCUCCGGUGAUGCCUUCUUCCUGCUAGGGGGCAGUAAUGGCCGCAUCCAUCUCAACGACAUUUGGUUCGCGCGGCUUUGCAACAUCGGUGGAAAACCUGACUGGGCCUGGUCGGAAGUUUCCGAGCAUCAAGACGGCCGCCGCGACCCACUGGAUGGGCAGCUGAUGCUCUCGAAGUUCCCCGGUCGGUCGCGUUUUGCAGCAGCCGGCGUCCUGAACCCGAAAGGUGGGACUGCCAGGGCACUUUACGUGACUGGCGGCCAGGGGGCUUUCUGCCCAGAGGAUUUCUGGGCCUCUGAGGACGGUGGCCGCACUUGGUAUUGCAUGUGCCGUCGCGUUCCAUGGGGCGGGCGGCUGGAGCCAGGACUGUGUGUGGUCCCGACAAAGUACGAGCAAGUGGUGGUACUGGGAGGCAUCGUCCCUGGAGUUGGACUUCGAGUUGAACGGGAUCUCUGGAUUUCUGCAGACGCAGGCUCUACCUGGAACAGCGUUAUCACGAGUGGGAGCCGCGAAGUGCACCGCUGCUGGCCUUUCCGCCUCCUGGUAGGGCUGGUCGCUCGCUGCUGGUGUUGGGUGGGGCACGCCUGGCCGAGGACGCAGCAGGGGAUCGAGCACAUGCCGGUGGAAGCCGUUUCUUGGACGAUGCCUGGGAGGCUCGCUUAG